UAUGAUUUAUUUCGUGUAUAUGUGCCGUCGCUUUAUUUUUAUGAUAAUGUGGCAAAAUAUCUAUAAAGUACUGUGAUCGCUUAUACUGUACAAUCUUGUUUAUUGUUUCUGGUUUUUGUCGAGUUGCCGUGGGCCGGCAGGGGGCGUCACCUUGCUAAUGAUAAGGUUGGAAGUUCCCGUCACUGCAUCCCGGAAUUUUUAUCACACCGCUUGUUCUCGGCCAUUUUUACAAGUAUAAUCGUCUUGAAACACAAAACACAACACACCCCGUUAUUAUCGUAAAUAUUUGCGGAAUAUAUUACCGCCGUGAGACGUGAACAGCAGUCAUGUCAGACUUCAUUGACAGCGAGGCUGAGGAGUCAGAGGAGGAAUUUGAAGAGAAAGACCUAAAGCCUAAAAAGACCCAGAGGUUUUUGGAAGAUGAUGAUGAAGAAGAAGAGGAGAACACAGAGGACCAGGAUGAGCAAGGAAAUUUACGAGGGCUCAUUGAUGAUGGAGAAGAGGAGGGAGAGGAGGAGGAGGAAGAAGAAGAAGCUCAAAGAAGUAGGAGUGGAGGGGGGAGUGACUCAGAGGAGGAAGUGAGGCAUCGGCGUAAAAAGCGAAGUUAUGACGACUACCUGGAUGAUGAUGAUCUUGACCUGAUUGAGGAAAACUUGGGUGUUAAAGUAAAAAGGAGGAAGAAGAAAUAUGACCGUGUAAAAACACUGGAUGAUGAUGAAGAAGAUGACGAUGAGAAGGACUUAAUUGCAGAUGAGAUCUUUCAUGGGGAUGGAGAAGGCGAGCUGGAGGAAGGCGAGGCUGUGGAUGAGUCUCUCCAGCAAGCAGAUGAUGAUGAAGAAGGAGAGGACGAGGAGUCAGAUAUAGAUGAUUUUAUUGUGGAUGAUGAUGGCCAACCCAUCACCAAAAAAAGGGGCAAGAAAUUCCCAGGAUACACUGAUGCAGCCCUCCAGGAAGCUCAGGAGAUUUUUGGUGGCGACUUUGACUUUGCUGAUUUUGACGGUGACCUUUACGAUCAGGGUGAGGAGGAGGAAGAGGACCAGGAAGAAGAGAGCUGGGACCGGCCAAAGAAACAGACUAAGAGAAGGCUGGGGAGGAAGAGCAUCUUUGAGAUCUAUGAGCCCAGUGAGCUGGAAAGCAGUCACAUGACUGACCAAGACAAUGAGAUCCGCUCUGCAGACAUGCCUGAGAGGUUCCAGCUGCGAUCCAUUCCUGUUAAACCAGCUGAGGAUGAUGAGCUGGAAGAGGAAGCAGAGUGGAUCUUCAGACAUGGCUUCUCCACUCUUACUAUAUCUAUGCAGGAGAGCACAGAUUAUCUAGACAGGGGGACAACCACAAACUUCAGCAGGCACGUUGCCAAGAUCAAAGAGGCCCUGAACUUCAUGAGGAAUCAGCAGUUUGAGGUUCCAUUCAUAGCUUUUUACAGGAAAGAAUAUGUUGAACCAGAGUUAAACAUCAAUGACUUAUGGAAGGUGUGGCAGUGGGAUGAAAAGUGGACUCAGCUGAAGACCCGGAAGCAGAAUCUGACCCGGUUGUUUCAGAAGAUGCAGUCCUACCAGUUUGAGCAGAUCUCUGCUGACCCUGAGAAACCUUUGGCUGAUGGUAUCCGUCCUCUAGACACCGCUGAUAUGGAGAGACUGAAAGAUGUGCAGACACUAGAAGAGCUGGGUGAUGUGUACAAUCACUUUCUGCUCUACUAUGGUCGAGACAUCCCCAAGAUGCAGAAUGCUGCCAAGGCCAACAAGAAGAGACUCAAGAAGAUCAAAGAAGUGUCAGAGGAUGGUGAAGAAGAACCAUUGGAGGUAGAAGAGGAAGAAGAACAGAAAGGACCUGACCUCAAGCUGGCAUCUCGUAGGGAUAUGUACAGCAUCUGUCAGAGCGUAGGACUUGAUGGCUUGGCUAAAAAGUUUGGCUUAACUCCAGAGCAGUUUGGAGAAAAUCUGAGAGACAGUUACCAGCGUCAUGAGACAGAGCAGUUCCCUGCUGAGCCUCUAGAGCUGGCCAAAGACUAUGUUUGCAGUCAGUUUACCACUCCCGAAGCAGUGCUGGAAGGAACCAGGUACAUGGUGGCCAUGCAGAUUGCUCGGGAACCUCUAGUCAGACAUGUUCUCCGGCAGACCUUUCAGGAGAGGGCCAAGAUCAACAUCAAACCUACAAAGAAGGGCAAAAAGGAGGUAGAUGAGGCUCAUUUUGCCUACUCUUUCAAGUAUCUUAAGAACAAGCCUGUAAAAGAGCUGAAUGGGGAUCAGUUCUUGAAGAUGUGUCUGGCUGAGGAGGAGGGGCUGCUUUCCAUUGACAUCUGUAUUGACCUUAUAGGGGUCAAGGGAUAUGCUGGAGACCAAACAUACUUUGAUGAGAUCAAACAGUUCUACUACAGGGAUGAGUUCAGUCAUCAGGUGCAGGAGUGGAACAGACAACGAACCUUGGCCAUAGAGAGAGCUCUGAAUCAGUUCCUCUAUCCUCAGAUGGCCAAGGAGCUCAAGAGCAAACUGAUCGCUGAGGCCAAAGAGAGCAUUGUCAGGUCCUGCUGUCGCCGGUUGUAUAACUGGCUUAAGGUGGCUCCCUACAGGCCAGAUCAGCAGGUUGAGGAAGAUGACGACCUGAUGGAUGAGAGUCAGGGGAAAGGCAUUCGUGUACUGGGUGUAGCUUAUGCACCCAGCAGAGAUACACCAGUUUUCUGUGCUCUGAUCAAUGGGGAAGGAGAGGUGGUGGACUUCCUGCGUCUGCCCUACUUCAUGAAGAGGAGGAACGCCUUCAGGGAGGAUGAGAGAGAGAAGAAGGCGAAUGACAUUGAAAAUCUCAAGAAGUUUCUGUCCAGCAAGAAACCUCAUGUGGUGGCUGUUGCUGGAGAAAACCGAGAUGCCCAAAUGAUCAUGGAGGACAUCAAGAGGACUAUCAGCGAGCUUGAACAAGAGUCCUCUCUGCCUGCUGUGGGAGUGGAACUUGUCGACAAUGAAUUGGCCACAUUGUACAUGAAUGGAAAGAAGUCUGAGGCUGAUUUUAGGGAUUACCCUCCCUUGCUGCGACAAGCUGUGUCAAUAGCGAGGAAGAUCCAGGAUCCCCUGGUGGAGUACGCUCAGGUCUGCAGCACUGACGAGGAUAUUCUCUGCCUCAAACUGCAUCCACUGCAGGAACAUGUGGUGAAGGAGGAUUUGCUCUCUGCUCUUUACUGUGAAUUCAUCAACCGUGUCAAUGAGGUUGGAGUGGACGUGAACAGGGCCAUUGCUCAUCCUCACACUCAGAGCCUGGUUCAGUAUGUCUGUGGUUUGGGACCCAGGAAGGGUUCCCACCUGCUCAAGAUUCUGAAGCAGAAUAACACUCGACUGGAAAACAGAACCCAACUGGUCACAAUGUGUCACAUGGGACCCAAGGUUUUUAUCAACUGUGCUGGUUUCAUUAAGAUCGACACUGCAUCACUUGGGGACAGUACAGACUCCUACAUUGAGGUUCUAGAUGGAUCUCGUGUCCACCCUGAGACGUACGAGUGGGCACGCAAGAUGGCUGUGGAUGCACUCGAGUAUGAUGAGUCCGCAGAAGAUGCCAACCCAGCUGGAGCACUGGAGGAGAUCUUGGAAAAUCCAGAACGUCUCAAAGAUCUGGACCUGGAUGCCUUUGCUGAAGAACUUGAGAGACAGGGUUACGGCAACAAGGGAAUUACUCUGUAUGACAUCCGUGCAGAACUGAGCUGCAGGUACAAAGACCUCAGAGUUGCCUACAGAGUCCCCAACACUGAGGAGGUCUUUAACCUGCUCACCAAGGAGACUCCGGAGACCUUUUACAUUGGUAAGCUGAUCACCAGUGUAGUAACUGGCAUCGCUCACCGGCGGCCUCAGGGAGAGACCUAUGACCAGGCCAUCCGUAACGAUGCUACUGGGCUGUGGCAGUGUCCCUUCUGCCAGCAGGACAACUUUCCUGAACUCAGCGAGGUAUGGAAUCACUUUGACAGUGGAUCGUGUCCAGGUCAGGCCAUUGGGGUGCGGAGCAGAUUAGAUAAUGGUGUCCAGGGAUUCAUUCCCACCAAGUUUCUCAGUGAUAAAGUGGUCAAACACCCUGAGGAGAGGGUCAAGGUGGGCAUGACAGUUCACUGUCGCAUCAUGAAAAUUGACAUUGAGAAAUUCAGCGUCGACCUCACAUGUCGCACCUCUGAUUUGAUGGACAAGGCCAAUGAGUGGAAGCUCCCCAAGGACAGCUACUAUGACUUUGACACAGAGUCUGAAGACCAAAAACUGGAGGAGGAGAUGAAGAAGAAACGACAGCGAACACCAUAUAUAAAGCGUGUGAUUGCACACCCCAACUUCCACAAUAUCAGUUUCAACCAGGCAGAGAAGAUGAUGGAGACCUUGGACCAGGGAGACUUGAUCAUCAGACCCAGCAGCAAGGGAGAGAACCACCUUACUGUCACCUGGAAGGUGGCUGAUGGUAUCUACCAGCAUGUGGAUGUGAGAGAAGAAGGCAAAGAGAAUGCGUUCAGCUUAGGACACACCCUCUGGAUCAAUACCGAAGAGUUUGAAGAUCUGGAUGAAAUCACUGCCCGGUACAUUCAGCCCAUGGCAUCAUUUGCCCGGGAUCUACUGGGGCAUAAGUACUUCCAGGAGUGCAAUGGGGGCAGCAAGGAGAAAAUGGAAGAGUUAUUGAACAGAGCAAAGAGGGAGAAGCCUACUUUUAUUCCUUACUUUAUUUCGGCUUGUAAAGAUCUGCCAGGAAAGUUCAUACUGGGCUACCAGCCUCGCGGGAAACCACGGGUUGAGUAUGUCACCAUCACCCCAGAUGGCUUCCGCUACCGUUCACAGAUAUUUCCUACAGUAAAUGGAUUAUUCCGUUGGUUUAAGGACCAUUACCAAGAACCUGUACCAGGCAUCACUCCCAGCAACAGCAGCCGAACAAGGACACCUGCAUCCCUGAAUGCCACCCCAGCAAAUAUCAACAUCGCAGACUUGACACGAGCUGUCAACGCCCUCCCACGCAACAUGACCUCUCAGAUGUUCAGCGCCAUUGCUGCAGUCACAGGCCAGGGCCAGAACCCCAACGCCACCCCUGCACAGUGGGGUUCCAGCCAGUACGGCUACAGUGGCAGCACAGGAGGAGGAGGGAGCUCCUCUGCUUAUCAUGUGUUUGCCACACCUCAGCAGCCCAUGGCGACUCCCAUGAUGACGCCCAGCUACUCCUACACCACACCAAGCCAGCAGGCCAUGGGCACGCCACAGUACCCUGGCUCCACCCCACAGUCCUCACACUCACAUAUGCUACCAGCAUUGGAGGCAAAGCUCACUGAAUUUGAAGCACAGCUCCACACCAUGGAAAACAGCCCAGCUAGCCAGGCCCAUGUAGCCAGUGCAGGUCCCCCUAGGCGUAGCUCAGCCCAAGCUAGCCACCCCCUGAGAGCUUCCCAAGCAGCUGGGAUCUCAGCCAGCACCUCCCUCUUUGUCCUCCCUACCCGCAGGGCGAGCGGCAGCAGCUCCUCUGCAGUGGACUGGGGCAAGAUGGCGGAGCAGUGGCUGAAGGAGAAAGAGGCAGAGGGGCGGAAGAAAGCCCAGAGGAUGACUCCACGACCAUCGCCCAGCCCCAUGAUCGAAAGCACACCCAUGUCUAUUGCUGGAGAUGCAACACCCCUGCUAGACGAAAUGGACCGAUAGGACACAUAGGGGGGCGUCGCUACACCCCCCUUACCCAGUGCCAUCCUUUGUACUGCUGCUUCAUCUGGAUAACCCUUCACAUUUGUCUCUCCCACAACCCAUCAGCCCCUUCACCCAGCUGGCCACUAGUUGGAGCUCUCUCCAACCUGCUGUAUCCAUUCAUGUUCUCGUCACCUCCUGAUAUUGUGGCUGCAGUUUGUCCGUGUGGUAUUAUGGCUCAAUUCCUUCCUUCCUCUUUUCUCCUGUCUAUCCAUCUCGUGUUUCACUUCCACGCCACCAGUCCUCGGCUCUGGCAGCAUAGUAUUUUGUACAGUAAGAAUAAUACUGUAUAUGUCUUGCAGAACAUCAGUAAAAUGACAAAAAACUUGAAUUAUCUGACAACAGUUACAUAUAGGAUAUGGACCUACACAGACUUCGUCAGAUAAGCUACUUUCUUUAAUUUUGUGAAGGGUUUUAGUUUGAACUAAGUGAUUUUGACAGAGGGGCACGGUUACAGUUUCCAGAACCCACCUUUCCUCCCUUAUGGUUGGUGGAUUUUUGCAAGCAGCUCCCAAAAUAGUGCUUUGCCAAGCCAAUCAGGAAAUUUAAUUUGUGUAUGAGAUGCAUCAGAAAGAAUAAAGACACUUUUUUUGUUUGAAACUUAAAGCCUCUGCAUUUCACAUCUGUCAAAGCAAAUACAUCUGUGACUUACAGACACAUGCAGGUGUGAGGGGCAAAGCUACUUUAGACAAUUCAUUCAAGAAGAGCUUGAGUUUCUGUCAUAUGUGAGUUGUCGCUACUUGUUUCCACCACAUGCUGUGCUGUGAUCAGCUGACUGUAUUUUGGCUCCUGUAGAUAACCUCUAAUGUACUGUGUGGACACAUCUCAUGUACCACACCAGAGCUAAUGCUAGUUGAAUCUGACCACUUCAUGUACAUUUAGAUGAGGCAGAUAAGACGCUAGCUCACAUUUUAAGUUGGCUGAUUUUAGUAACAAAAUCUAAUUGACAGAUGAUCCAUGUUGAAGAAGCUCAGCAUGUCGCACAGAGCAUCCAUGGCAGUUUGUCAGAGGGUGAUUUGGAAGUUUGCUCUAAUUUCAGUGUCUUGUAUCUUUAGUCUUUGCAGUUGAGUGUUUUACUUUUAACUUUUGUUUGAUGUUUGCCACCUUGUAGGAUGUGAUCUCACACCACUGCUGCAAUCCAUCCCUGACAGUAUCGCUUUUGCCACAAAAUGUCAGUUUGUUUGUUUUUUUUAUCUGCAACAAAAAAAUUAGGAUGUUAGAGUGGCUGAGUUCAAAUUUCUUUAACUGUAACACUAUCAGCACAAUAUAGUACCGAGCUGACCCACAGUGUUUGUAAUCCUGAUUCUGUAUAAUAAUCUGAACUGCACGCAGCUUCUUCCGUAAAAUGAAUAUAUUGUUGUAAAAAUCAUGAAUCUUGUAGCUGCGUUUUAGGAUGCUCUGACUCUUGACUUGUGCAUUCAGUGUUUGUUUGUAUUGAGGCUGUGCCUCUGUGCCACAGUACAAACAAGCAGCGCUGGUAUCCAGUGAUGUGCUUCAUCUUGCAGCGUGCAAAGUAUCACAGUCCCAUAACAUGCAUAUUGUUUUAAAUAACUGUUUUUUUUUUGAGUAAACUUGCUUGACUUUGCGUCUCUUAAGAUAUUGCAUCUUUCUCAGAGAGGCUGUGAUCGGUUGUCGGCAGCAGUUGGUGAUGGAGGAGAAAUGGUGUCUCUGGUGCUGUUGAU